AUGCCACCUGAUGGUGGCGUGCGUGACGAAUCACAGUCGAAACCUACUGCUACUGCUCCAACUCCUAGUUAUAAGAAACCUAUGCGUACACAGCGUUUCGUUCCCGUGUUACGCUAUGGUGCGAAUAAAUAUGAAUCUGAGGACUUUAGGUCUCAGCGUAUGCAGAAGAUGGAGGCGUAUAAUCAGCAGCGUAACGUGAUGUUGAAUCAACGUAACGAGCAUCAGAAGCAACUGGCUGAUCUUACUGCACAGUUGAACCAUUUGGUAUCUCAGCUUGCUCUUCAGCCUAAGGAUGCUCCUGAGCGUGAGGACUUGAAUCGUCAGAUUCAAGAUAUUAGGUUUAACAUGAAGCAGUUACAGAUGAGCAAGGAUGUGAAGCCUAACAAGCUGGACAACCGGAAGACAAAAUUAUUAUUUAAAGAGUUGCCAGACUGUGCAAAGGGCCCUGGCAAGCUAGCGGAAUGGAUCGCUGGUAAUUCAUUGAUCCUCCAACCCAAACAAAUCGCAAUGCUAGCUACUACCGGCGAUGGUGCGGUCAUACAAUAUAAAAGUCAUGAUACAGCAGAUAUGGUAUGUUUUUGA